CGCUCAUCUCCUACUGUUUUGCAUUCUCGUCCUCAGAAGCUUGAUGGGACCAUAAGAGUCCGGCAGAUUUGUCCUACUUCUCCUGUAUCUCAAUUCCCGGUGCUGAGAGGCGUCGCCCCACGGACGGCCCAAUGCCUACGACGGUAGUUUUCACGAAAUUCCAGACGGCUGGAGGGGCCGCCAGACAAAGCGUGAUUGACGAGCUCGGGAAACUGAGCGAUUACGUGAAAGAGAACGAAGGGGGCUGCAUUCGUUAUGCAGUCACGAUUCCCCGUGACCAAAACGAGGGCAAAUCCGUCUACGUGAUUGAAGAAUACACUUCGCAGGAGGCAUUGGAUGCGCACACUGGGUCCAAAGCUGUGGCAGAGACGCUGGCCUACUUUCAGGAGAAGCCCGCUCUCUUUUCGGGUCCAAUGGAGGUUGCAGUGACGGAAUCAUCGUCUGCCUUCUCCAGGAGCAAGAUAGCCGAAGCCAGCGACCCUUUCAUUGCAUAUGCCGAGAUCGGCUAUCAAGACGGGACCAUUCACGGAGCACUUGAAGGUUGGAGUGCUGUGACGAAAGAAACGCAAGAGAGAGAAUCGGAUUCGCUGGCCUACUACAUCGUCAAGGACAAAGAAAACGACGUGACCAUCAGGACAUUUGAGGUGUACAUCAGCGAGGCGUAUUGUAGAGGAGUGCAUUUCAAGAAUAAGGCGGUUUUCGAGAAUCGGGCGAAAUAUGGGGACAUUCGAACAUACUUUCGCCCCGUGUUCCUGAAGCUGGUGGCGGGAUGGUUGGGCCGGAGUGAGGAUAAAUGAGUAGCAAGACGGGGCGCGUUGAGGGAGGAGGAGAUGAUUCCCCUAAGAUAUUCAGCAUGUUGGAGUGAUAAACAAGAUGCUGCUCCAAGUGGUGUAGAUUCGAAGAAUAGUCCAGCCCUGGGGGAGAUGUGAGAGAGGAAGAGGGAGAUACGAGGCUGAGGUCAAGCCACUGUACCACAGUAUUGAUGCUGCCAAUAAUACCUUGACUCUGAUUGGAAGGUGCUGGCUGCGCCCCAACCUUACCAGCCGCACUGUGCCACGCGACGACGGUGUGGCAGCUCCAACUUGAGACGCAGUUGACUUCAAAAGAAAGGGGGGAGCUGCUGUACACAGUUCGUCGACUAAUAAAAUAUUGAGGAAAAUGCUUGGAUGACAC